UGUGUGUGUGUGUUCUCGUUUUGAUCUCUUCAUGGGGACACCACCCUGUUUACACACCAACCAAAUGGGGACGCAAAACGUUGUGGGGACAAAAACCAUGGUCCCCAUGAGGGAGACCCCUUAAAACGUAUAGCGGAGGGUGUGACUAGGUGCCUCCCGCUCGAUUUAGCUUAGGCCCACGAUGAAGGUUUGGACCUGAAGUGUGUGUGUGAAGCUGUGCUCCACAGCGGCCUCUGUAGUCUGGAGCUGGUUUUGCAGGGGGUGGGACCACGCCCGCCCGCUUAACACACUCUGCAAGUCUAAUUUAUGCAAAUCCGUCCUGAGGGGAACGCUGCGCAUGCGCACUAGUAAGGUAAACAGACUUAGCUCUAAAAGCGAACAUAUUCAACUCUGAAGGUAAUAUGAAUUUCCGAAAAUGUCCACAGUUUUUUGGUCUAAUAAACAUUCAUAGUACAUCCCAAAUGUAUAUUACAUCAUAAAAUCUAUGUAGAGUAAUUAUUAAGUCUAACAAAAUUGUUAACUCAAUCAUGUUUCAUGGUCUAACAUGCUGUGCAUUCAGUAGGUCAAUACAACUACUUACUUUUGUGCAGCGAUAAAGCUAAUAAUUCCUAAAAUGUGAGUUACAAUCAUAGUUCUACAGUUUUUCAGAGUAUAUUAAAGCAUUUUUGCGUUUUUAUAAUGUGUUUGCGAAGAGUGAAAUCAGCAAACGUAGCUGUCUUAAAAUGGUGGAUGUAGUUUUUUGAAGCUUCUCUCAUGGUCCGUAAACACUACUACAGGAAGUCGCCGAGAACUACAUUUCCCUUCCUGCCUCACUUCCUCUCUGGCACGGCUGUGUGGCUAAUUGGCCAUUUUCUCUGCUUUGUCCAAACGGAGAGAAAGUCAAUAUAUGGACAGUUCCUUGAAGAGUUAAAAAUGCCACGAAGAAUCAGCCCACUGCAAGACGCCAUGCAUCAUGUGAUCACAAAGACUGACAAGACGUCAAAGCUAGAGGUGAAGUACAUCAAUCCCUUGAAAGGACGUGGUGUCUUCUCCUUAGCUCAAUUUUCCAAGAGUGAUUUUGUGGUUGAGUACAGGGGGGAUAGGAUUGAUUUUAGUGAAGCUCAACGAAGAAGAAAAAUCUACCACCGUCUUUGUACUGUGUUCAUGUUUGACUUCAAAUGGAAGGGGAAAAUGUGGUGUAUUGAUUCUGCCAAAGAAGAUGGAUCAUUUGGGAGGUUGGUUAACGAUGACCACAAGCACCCAAAUUGCAGAAUGAAGAUGAUUGAAGUAGAUGGAAGGCCACAUCUCUGCCUGUUUGCCAUAGAAGACAUAAAACAGGGAGAUGAAAUCACCUAUGAUUAUGGAGGAAAUGACUGGCCAUGGCGAAAGAAGGUUAGGGACGACACAGUUUCCAAGAGUAACGCCAAAGAGAGUCAGCCACCAUCCCUGUCGGAACCUGUUCUAUCUGUUCUAUGUUCCUCAGCAAGUGAUCAGGUUAGGGAGGACACAGUUUCCAAGAGUAACACCAAAGAGAGACUGCCACCAUCCCUGUCAGAACCUGUUCUAUCUACUUGUUCCUCAGCAAGUGAUCAGGUUAGGGAGGAAACAAUUUCCAAGAGUAACACCAAAGAGAGACAGCCACCAUCCCUGUCAGAACCUGUUCUAUCUACUUGUUCCUCAGCAAGUGAUCAGGUUAGGCAGGACACAGUUUCCAAGAGUAACACCAAAGAGAGACUGCCACCAUCCCUGACAGAACCUGUUCUAUCUACUUGUUCCUCAGCAAGUGAUCAGGUUAGGGAGGACACAGUUUCCAAGAGUAACACCAAAGAGAGACUGCCACCAUCCCUGACAGAACCUGUUCUAUCUACUUGUUCCUCAGCAAGUGAUCAGGUUAGGCAGGACACAAUUUCCAAGAGUAACACCAAAGAGAGACAGCCACCAUCCCUGUCAGAACCUGUUCUAUCUACUUGUUCCUCAGCAAGUGAUCAGAGGACUAGGAAGGACACAAUUGCAGAGAGCAGUGCUCAAGAGAACUGUCAGCCAUUGCAGUCUCGACCCGCUCUGUCUGCUUGUUCCUCAGCAAGUGAUAAGAUGAGAAAUUCCAAUCCUGAGAAGACUGCCUGGGUCACCCCUAUGUCUCGUCAGUCAGAGCCUCUGAAGGAUCACAGCAACGACAGCAGUUCUGGGCAGAGUUCUUCAUUAGAAGACACUGAUGAAGAGGAUGUGCAUGUACCUAGAUUAAGAAGGACUAGAAGUGUUAUAAUGAGAGGGUUUGUUCCUGAAGAUUCAGAUGAGCUGUUUGAUUCUACUCCAGAUAGUGGAAAGGAGUACAUCCCUAACUCUAGAGAUGAAAGGAACGAAAGUAGUUCAGAGAGUAGUACCUCCCUAAAACCAGUGAAACAGAGCCGUCUGUCUUCCACAGAUGAAGCUAUCCCCUCUAAUCUUGUCCCUCAUAGCACAUCUUCAGGUGUCAUGGGUGUUACAGAGAGAAGCAACCUUGAAGUUAUGGAUCUAAAUAAAUGGCCCAGCAAAAGUCCUCCAGUAAUAGAGAGUGAUGGAGUCUGCAGCAAUUCUGAGCUUGUGCAACAAGAAGGGGCAGUAGUAGUCAAUGCACCUGUACCUUCACACAUAAGCAAAGCACUGUGGAAGACUUUAAGCCUCAUGAAUGCAGAUGAAAUCACAGCUGCUGUCAAAAAUGAUAGCUGCAUCAUUCAGCUGGGGGAACAUUUGUUGAACAAAGGUGGAUCAACUGCAAAGAAUGAGGCAUGCUUACGACAGAAGUUGCGAGAACUAGGAAAACUACUGAUCACUGGCAGAAAAGUUGCAUCUCUGAAGACAAUGGAAGAUUUUAUACAUCCUCAAAACUACAUGAAGAUGGUUCAAGCUGUCAGACAUACAUGUGGAUAUGAUAGUGAAGCCAACACAUACAAAACUCCUUCUCUGGCAAAGAAACUUGGAAUAAGCCUGAUGAAGCUCAGCAAACUCGUGAAAGCUCAAGCUUUGAUUGCGAAAGACCACUGCUUGGCACAGAAGCUCAGUAACUUCCAAGAAAUACAUAAAGAACGGUGGUGUGAACUGAUCUCAGCAACAGCAGCACGAAAUCUUGAGGAGUCAAAGUGGAAUGCCCCCACAGUGUUGCCUUUUACAGAAGAUGUGCAAAAACUUCAUGCAUUUCUCAAUAAAAUGCAGGAUGAAUUGAUCAAGCAGUUAUCAGCAGAGCCCACAUCAAAAUACUGGUCUGAUCUUGCAAAGGUCGCUUUGACUCAGAUCAUGCUCUUUAACCGUCGUAGAGAGGGAGAGGUAUCGUGUAUGCUCCUAUCCGCUUUCUUAUCCAGGGACACCAGUGAUCCACAUGAUGACAUAGAUUGGGCCCUCUCCGAAGUUGAGAAAAAACUCUGCAGGCACUUCUCCAGAAUUGUGAUCAGAGGAAAAAGAGGACGUCCAGUUCCUAUUCUGCUGACCCCUAAAAUGCUGAAUGCAGUAGAGUUGCUUGUGAAGAACAGGGAGACUUGUGGAGUGCUGAAAGACAAUGUUUAUCUCUUUGCUCGGCCAUCAGCAAUGUCACAUUACAGAGGCUCAGAUUGUAUCCGCAGCUUUGCAAAGUCUUGUAAUGCAAAUAGUCCUGAUGCACUGACAUCCACAAAACUGCGAAAACAUGCUGCCACUCUUUCUACAGUUCUAAACUUGAAGGACACAGACAUGGAUCAGUUAGCAAACUUCCUGGGACAUGACAUCAGAAUUCAUAGGGAGUUCUAUCGCCUUCCUGAAAAGACCCUCCAACUUGCAAAAGUCAGCAAAGUUCUUAUGGCAUUAGAACAAGGGAGACUUGGAGACUUCAAGGGCAAGAAUUUGGAUGAGAUCAGUAUUGACCCAAAUGGACCAGCAGCGGGGCAGGCAGAUGUUCGUAGCGGCCUCGGUCAGCGACCGGCUGGCUGUAUUUCGCGGCAGCCCAGGGAGGAGGACUUCGACGUUUCCCUGGUGAUGGGCCUGAUCGCGAUGGCGAAUUCGGGAGUGGGCGAAGUGACUAGUUGGAUGGCAGCAUGGCAGUUCCAAAGUUCUUGGGACUUCCAAGACUCAGGGCAACAGUUCUGUAACAUAGUACAGCUCAUCGAGUGGUUUGACGAGCCUGAGGGAUACAUCCUGAUCCUGGAGCGCCCUGACCCUUGCAUGGACUUGGAGAGUUUCCUGAAAAGCCUCGGAAAUUGCGUGGAAGAAGAGACGGCCCGAGCCAUAAUGGUCCAAGCAGUGGAGGCAGCGAGCCAGUGCAGUACGCAAGGUGUCCUGCAUCGGGACAUCAAAUUGGAGAACUUUCUGAUCAACACAGACACCUCAGAGGUCAAACUUAUUGACUUUGACUGUGGUGACCUGAUGAAGACAACACAGUAUGACAGAUACACAGGCACUGUUCAAUAUUGCCCUCCUGAAGUGUUUGUCAGUGGGACGUAUCACGCUGGUCCUGCAACGGUGUGGUCACUUGGUGUCCUGCUGUUCAGGAUGGUUUGUGGAUACCUUCCCUUUGCUGACGAUGAGGAGGCCAUAAUAGGGAUUCUGGACUUAAAAGACGGCCUAUCUAAGGGUAAGAUAAAUGGGAGCGUCUGGGUAAAUGAGGCAUCCCUUUGA